UGACGAACUACGCCCAUAUAAAUAGGCUAGAAUACCUCGUUCGAAAAUCAGUGAUCGACCGAGUCUCUCGACUGCAAUUAUUAUCCUUUCGACGAAACCACGAGGACUGCAGGUGAGAUGAGAGCGAUAAGAAAAAAAGUUUCGAAUAAAAACUGAACAAGGAUAAGAGAUAGAAAAUGAGUCCCUUGGUGCGAGAUCCCAAGAAUCAAGACAACCAGACGGUGAAAAGUUUUUCAAAAACAGAUCCGGAAUUCUUGCAAAAAAUUUUACGACAAUGGGAAAACGAUUCCAGUCUGGAAGUUACCUCGGUCGAUGAAAUACCCGCUUGUGCAGUUGGUGUGAAUUACAUGUCGGUUGUUAACAGGAUAAACGUAACUGGAAAAAGAUACAACGGUUCACCGUACCAAAUCAGCCUGAUAUCGAAAAAUCUGUUCGAAGACAAAUGUCACCAAGAGGUGUUCCAUUCGUUGGAAUUAUUUUCGAACGAGACCAAGGCCUACGAAGCAUUUUCAUCGUUGUUCAGUAAGGAACAAAAAUUAUUUCCAAAAUGUCUGUACGCCGACGGCGAGCUCAUAGUUCUCGAGGAUCUGAAAUCCUUAGGAUUCGUCAUGGCCGACAAAUUGAAGGGUCUGGAUUUCGAUCACACGAAACUGGUGUUGGAGACGCUGGCGAAGUUUCACGCGGCGUCAUUCGUGCUGGAGUAUACGGAGCCCGAAAAAUACGCGGAUAUUCGUAGGAAUAUAAAGGAGGUAGUGUUUCCGCCGGGCUACGAGCACAACGGCAUGAAAUCGAUGAUGAACAAUAUCGGAAGAACGAGCUCGUUUUUUCUCCAAGUCGGAGCAACGCCGGAGGACAAUCACGCCAAAGAAAUCGCUUAUCUUUCGGAAAUCGGCGACAAGGUCUACGACACGUUGAAGGAAUUGCUGAGGCCCAAAAAAUACGCGGCGAUGUGCGCCGGCGACUGUUGGAUAUCGAAUCUGUUGUUCAAAUACGAAGAUUUCGAGAGCGAGCAGAGUAAAGUUCAGCGGGUGUCGGAGGUCCGUUUGAUCGAUUUUCAGGGGUCGAGAUUCUCCUCCGUUGCUACCGACAUUCUCUACUUUCUUCACACUACCGUUGAUCACGCGUUGAUAAAAGAGCGUUACGACGAAAUUAUUCAAAUUUAUCACGCGACGUUGAUUAAAAAUUUGUCGACCAGAGUCCCCUCAAAGGUCAUCAAAGACCUGUCGAUCGAUUGGUUGAAAAAUGAACUCAAGACCUACGAACAAUACGGAUUUUUCAUGAGCCUCUGGCUCGCGCCCGUUACUACUUUGGAACAAAAAUUAAUGCUCGACCCUUCGACCGUCGCCUCGAUAGCCUCCGCGAACGGUUACAUCACCCCCGAUUAUCUCAAGGACAGAAUAUCGCCCGCACUUUUGUCGAGGGUUCACGAUAUUUGCAAAUAUUUUUUAAAAUAGUUCCCACCCUUUUCAAUAUCAUUCACUUCGCAUAAUACUUCAGACUCAUAGAUAACUAUUUCAUAAUUAUUAAUUAAUGAUUUUUUAUUUCAAAAAAUUGACAACGCGGUUCGUGUACAUGGGGAAAAAAAAACCAUUCCAUUUCUCUUAAUUUUGGAUUACCGCGAAUUCGAAUUUUAUAUUUAAUCUUUGCCAGAGAGAAUUGUUUCCACGUCUAUUUGAUAUUGAAAUUUUUUUAACGAUUGUCAUUUCCAAAUUUUAGAUACGUACGUUAGAAUUAAUUGUAGUACAAUUUUAUACGAAUCUUUAACGAUAAUUUAUAUGCAUAUAUUUUUUUUUUUUUUAAUCAUUCGAAGAAGCAACUAAAUUACUUACACAUCAAGUUCUGAAACUGUGACGGAAAAAAAAGUAUUACAAACUUUAGAAUAAUUUAAAAUAAUAUCAAUUUCCAAAAAUUCACAAUUACUUUAAAGAUAAUUAUUACCUAUAUGAUAAAAAGCGAAUUGUAUUAAUAGUUUUAAAUAAUUGUAAAUAACGAUAAUUAUUUUUAAUUCAGCAUUAGAUUUUUUUCUAAAUAAGUGUAGGUAUAAGGAAUUCAAACAAAAUGAAUAAACAAACAAAUUAGAUAGAUGUGAUUGUAUGUUAAUAAUUAAUUUUUCAGUGAUCGUGAACCAAAUUUUAUGAUGAUAGUUUUAAGAAUGUGAACGAACAAUUUUAUAGCGAAUUUUUUUGUUGGAAAUAAUUUUAAACGAUCGAUAACAAGAACGAUGUAAAAACUAAUAAAUGAAUUUCAGUACACGA